AGAUUGAAAUUGAAUUGCAAACAUGCCAACCUCAGAAUAGACAAUAGGGAAUGCCAGAUAACGUUUCCAAACGUAGUUGCUUAUUUAGAUUUGCUGGUUCGGUAGGCUGUACAAAUAUUAAAAUUAAUAAGCCAGCGGUGAAGAGUGAACAAUAUAAUGAUGGAAUUGGUGAAUUGCACAAUCUAGUAGGAUCAAAGGCAAUCAUACGCAGUAAGCAACUUGCACUAAUAUCAUCACUAAAAGUAUUGAUCCACAAAAAAACUAUAGAUUAUAGCUAAUUACAAUAUAAAUCAUAUAUACAGUUGAUCUUCAACAUUUAAAUUUUACAGCAGAUAGAUGCAUGGAUAGUUAUAAAUUCAUUAAAAUACAUGCAAAUAUUCUAAAAUGGUAUAAACUACAAACAUCACAAUUUUGCAGGUACUUGUUCUAUGUAGUAUCAAAGCUAAGAUGCUAUGUUUACCUAGUAACUUGCCCUUGUUUUUCAAUGCACUGCCUCCAUUUCUUGAGCAACAAUCAGUUCAUCAG